UCUGUUUGUGUGGAGGUCGGAAGACCGCUGACUAGUCGUUAUCUCACCGCGCAGCUAGGCGCAUGUGCGAAUGACUCCUUUUUAAAAAAAAAUAUUUAUAUUUCCGCGAAGUGUCACAUUAAUACCUACUAUAAAAGAUGCUUGAAGUUGUUUGGAAAAUCGUCAAUGGCAUAUGGAGUAUUCUAGUUGGAAUCUCUGAAUCCCUCGGUAUCCAAUGGGCUCCCGUCAACCUGCCAAUGGAACGUCGCCUGCAGACCCUCGGAGCUCUAGGAUGGAUCUGUCUGGUCCUCUUUGGAGAAAUAUUAUGUAUCUUCAUCUUCCUCAAGAUUGUCUACUCCGACUACUGGUGGGUCGGCGUGCUGUACGCGAUAUGGAUGGUUAACGAUAUCAACAUUUGCAAUGAGGGCGGACGAAAAAUCGAAUUAUUCAGAAACCUUUCGUGGUGGCGACGCUACCGAGACUACUUUCCUCUCAAGCUGGUGAAGACAGCCGACCUGGACCCGUCACGCAACUAUCUGUUCGCGUGCUUCCCUCACGGCAUCGUAUGUGCAGGAGCCUUCGGCGCCUUCGCCACAAACGCUUUGAACUUCUACAAGAUAUUUCCAGGAAUGUCUUGCCAUAUGAUCACUUUGGGAGGACAUUUCUUAGUGCCGCUGUUCAGAGAUUUCAUCCUUGGGCUUGGAGGGUGCUCAGCAUCGCAACAAAGUCUGAUGUAUCUUCUGGACAAAAGGAGGCAUCAGGGGAAGUGCGUUGCGUUGAUCGUUGGGGGCGCGGCAGAAGCGCUGGACUCACAUCCUGGGGAAUACAAAAUUCUGCUGAGCAGAAGGAAGGGGUUCGUCAGAAUCGCAAUGAAGUCUGGCGCCCCGCUAGUGCCAGUAUUCUCAUUCGGCGAGCCAGACGUGUUCAGGCCGUUCCAGAACCCUGAGAACAGCAGACUCAGGCGGUUCCAAGAGGCCUUCCGGAAGUACACAGGGGUGUCGCCCAUGUUCCCCAUCGGUCGAGGGCUCUUCCAGUACACCUUCGGAAUAUUGCCUCUGAGGAAUCCUGUCACUACUGUCGUGGGGGAACCGAUGGAAGUCCAGAAGAACUUGGAGCCAACGGAGGAGGAAGUGAACGCUGUUCACGCGCAGUUCACCGAGCGGCUCGUCCAGCUGUUCGAGAAGGAGAAAAGCAAAUACCUCAAGGACCAUGAAAACACACGUCUUGUCUUAACAUAAUACUAUUUUGGUGGAAAAGUAAACAGGUAUUGUUCGGCAUUCUUGGUUAGAUAAUCCAAGUAAUAGUAGUUUAGUGGAAAUGAGUCCUAUACACUGAAAAAAAUGGUUGCUUAUUGUUUACCAUAAAUAGUGGCUACCCAACUAUGUCUUACGUACGAAUGGGCGGGGGGGUGUAGGCAGAGAUGGCGGUACGCUUCGGGUGUCAAGCACCAAGUCAUACAAUAAAGAAUAAUACUGCGUAUAGAACGGCAACUCUCGCUCCCCACCAGUGUCUGAGCUAAGUUUACCUCGACCCCGUCGAAUAUAGUUUAGACUUCUUCUGUCGUGUGGGUUGUUAGGUGGAUUACCAACCCCAUCAACCCUGGUGUUAGGGUUAUAGUUUCGACUUGAAUAGUAUGGUAUCAGACGUGAGGACGUAACACACACAGAUGCGCGUGUAGGAUAAUGUCAAUGUGUAGUGUCUGUGUAAAACGAGGUUGUUUGUAUGAAGUGUCCGGGGUGUGACCACAACUAACACAUACAACCAAAAAAUACAUUUAAAGCUUAAUUAAACAGCAGCAAAGCAAAGCAUUUAAAGCUUUAAAUAAAUUUAAAGCUCACGUGAAGCUUAUGUUAUGUAAAAAAGCUUAUAAUAAAUAAAUGAUAAACAUGUCUGGUAUUAAAUGUGUUCCUCUAGUUAUUAAAUAACUUGUAAUGUACCCUCAUUGAUUUAAAAGAUGUGUUGCUGUUACAGUUUCUUGUCAUUUCUUCUCCUCAGCCAUAACACCUUGCGAAAUGACGUAAAUUCAAAAUGUUACAUUGACCUAUAACAAGUUUAUCCAUGAUAAUUACGUUGAAUAAAUGAUUCUGAUUCUGAUACACAUAAAAUCGACCUCUAUAAAGACGUUUAAGUGGUACUUGGAAGAGGAACGCCUAGGCGCACAUACCGCGAUCAAAUCUAGGUUAUUUUAAAGAAAAGCCAAGCUAAAAGUACGACGAGCAUGUAUGAAGAAUUUGAUGAGAGUGAAAGAAGCGAAAGUGGUGUGUCAGGAUCGUACUAAAUGGGAUUUCGUCCUCUCUGCCUACCCCAUAGGGAAAUAGGCAUGAUCUUAUGCACAUAUAUAUAGAAACAAGUCAAAAAAAUAUUAAUCAAACAUUUUUUUCAGUGUAUCUUUUGCGUUAUAGCACGAUGCAUAGGACAGCUAUCAUCAUAGUAUAUUUUUACCCGACUGCGGCAAAGCAAAAUGGAGGGUUAUGUUUGACAGUUACGUUAUAUCUCUUUCGCACUAGGCUAUACUGUAUCUUUGCAUCCUGCUGUCAAAUUCAUCAUGCUAGAAUACAAAUAAUAAUCUAAGUAGUACUGGUAGAUAUGAGAUACAAGUAGUUAUUAAGAGAUGUAGGGAUCAAUUAAAUGUA